AUGCAGAAAUCAAGGUCGAUGUCCAUACGGAGGACAGCUCAGAAAAUCUCAGUGGAAAUUUUGCAUGAGGACCCUAAUAUCCUUUUACGUUUUGUCCUCACCAUCGUCGAUGUGAAUGGCAGGGUAUUCAAGCAGACGAAACUUCCGUCCCUGACGGAGCGUCCCAGAUAUCCUGGUAGACCGUCUCCCUCAACCAACGAAGUUCCAGCCCAUGCACUCCUCGGCUACAGACCUACCCUCCGGAUUGAUGUCAGUAAUCUGCCUUAUCCAAGCUCAAUUGAGGCAAUCCACCGGGCCAAAGAAACACAAGCAAUGCAGGAAAAGAUUCAAAAACAACUGGAGAAGGCCAAGACUGCACAAAAGGCGUACUAUGACUCUAAACACAGCGCAAAACGCUUCCACGUGGGGGACUGGGUGCUCCUCAAUGCGAAGAACUUCCGCAUGCUCUGCCCCACUAGGAAAUUAGAUCAUAAAUUUGUUGGCCCUUUUCAAAUUAUUGAAUCUUGGAAUACACAGGUAGUACAGUGA